AUGGCCGACUCUUCGCAAGGGGCGACGUCGCUCUUGACCGAGCAUCUACAGUACACGCCUUUGUCGCUGAUUGACGACAUAAUCAACUCGGUCAAUAACUUCGUUUACCAAGGAGUCGGUAGCCUGGAAACCGGACUCCUGUCGACGCAUCCUGAGAAGUUGGGCUUCAAGGCCGUCAAGACUGUCGGCGAUGAUGGCGUGGAAGACUUGGAGUUCCCUGAGGCAAAGAAAGAGAUCGAAGAAGGCCUCCACAAACUUGAGACACUGCUCAACUCGACGGUCGAUAAGAAUUUUGACAAGUUUGAGAUAUAUGUGCUGAGGAAUAUCCUGUCUGUGCCUACAGAACUGGUUAACUGGGUCCAAUUGAGUCAUUACGAGAACAUAUCAUUUCCCCCUCCAGCGAACGCGCCCACGGUUGAUAAUGUGCAACUAUUACGGCGCAAGCUGGCCGCCUCGAGGACUGUCUCACAUGCCCUCAAAGAAGAGUAUAGGCGCAAUGAGGCAAUCCUGCAACAACUGAGAAGCUUGAUUGGCGAUUCCCCCGACUCCGCAAACAGCCUGUCGUUCCUCAUGAAUGGCGCAUCUGGUCAGACUCUCAAUGUAACCCAGCACCCUGACAGUCGCCGUUUAACCACCAACACGAAAUUCGCCGUUUCACAGCUCCCCGCCCUUAAGUCGUUGCUCGCCGAAUUGCGACCCAAGCUGGCCUUGCUGAAAGAUACAGACAAAAACAUCUCGAGUGCCAAGGAUGAACUCAAAGAGGAGCGCAGAGGUUAUAUCGAGCAACGAACGCGAUCACAUCUUGAGCGCCACGGCGAAGCCUCGGGAGAAGAUUCGACAGUAUUGUCUGGCAAGCGGGUGGAUCGGGAGGAAGUGCAAGCCCUGGAAAAUGUCGCUUCCAUAUUCGACGCGGUGUGA